CCCCAAACUGGACCUUCUCUAGGAUGCAGCCUGUGGGACAAAUGUUUUCAGUUUGAGGCCCUGCACCCUGAGGGGAUCUGUCCUGGAUGGAGCAUCGUGGUCAAGGGUGAGACCUGCUCCAGUUCAGGCAUGUUUGAGAUUAAUUUGCUCUGUGAUCCCGGGGACCAAAUCGCUCUCCACUUUAACCCUCGCCUCUCCAGCUCCAGAAUUGUCUGCAACUCCUUCCUCAACAGCCACUGGGGGCAUGAAGAGGUUAACAGCACCUUCCCCUUCAAGGCAAAGGAGCCCUUUCAGGUUGAAAUCUACUCUGACCAGGACUAUUUCCAUGUUUUCAUCAAUGAAAACAAAGUCCUGCAGUACAAGCAUCGGCAGAAGAAUCUCUCAUCCAUCACCAAGCUGCAGAUUCUGGAUGAUAUUGACAUUUCUUCAGUGGAAAUCACCAAACGAGCUCUUUACUAGAGACCAGAGUUGGGGCUCUCUCACAGACCAUUUCCCCUUGAGCUUCUCAUUCAGCCAAGGAUCAUUUCCUCCCCAUUUCCAGGGAGGUGACCAUGUGUCCUCAGAGUGGAAGGGAUGGUCAUUCCCAUCACCCAGCCACAUUGCUGACCACAGCCCAGCCCAUCAAAGACCUUCUACAGCUCAGAGUGCUCAACAGGCUCUGUAGGUCUGAUCAUCUUUGCUGCACUUCAAAAUCUGUCUUGAGCAGUCUGGACACCUGGCUGUUACCUUAGAAAUUGUG